GGUUUAAGCAAAUCUUCUUCUCACUUCGCUCACGACCAAAGGGUUUAACCGUUUCUUAGUCUUUUUUCUCUUCCCAAAAUGCCCCUCCAACGUUUCCGUCUCCUUCACCGCCACAACUACCGUCUCUCCUCCUCCUUUUCCAACGCCUUUCUCCACCACCACCACUUCCACAACCUCACCCACGACUCUGCUACCCCACAAAUUAAUUCCAACCCUAACCCUAACCCUAGUCCCAUUUCUGCUCCUACUCUCACCCGUACCUACGCCUUCUCCUCCGCCGAAGAAGCUGCCGCUGAGCGCCGCCGUAGAAAACGCCGGCUCCGCAUCGAGCCGCCGCUGCACGCUCUCCGUCCUAACCCGACGCGCCCGGUGGCUCGUGAUCCCAACGCCCCACGUCUCCCGGACUCAACGUCGGCUCUUGUCGGCCCCCGCCUUAACCUCCACAACCGCGUGCAAUCUCUCAUCCGGGCGGGCGACCUGGAUGCGGCUUCUUACCUGGCGCGUCAGGCCGUGUUCUCGAGCACACGACCAACAGUGUUCACCUGCAACGCGAUUAUCGCAGCGAUGUAUCGGGCCAAACGGUACAAGGACGCCGUUGCAUUGUUUGCAUUUUUCUUUGAACAGUUUGAUAUUGUGCCUAAUGUUGUGUCUUAUAAUAAUUUGAUUAAUACACAUUGUGAUGAAGGUAGAGUGGAUGAGGGUUUGAGAGUUUAUAGGAAGAUUAUUGAAACGGCACCGUUUAGUCCCAGUGCUGUGACUUAUAGGCAUUUGACAAAAGGUUUGAUUGAUUUGGGGCGAAUCAUGGAGGCUGUGGAUUUGUUGAGGGAGAUGUUGAAUAAAGGGCAAGGAGCGGAUUCUUUGGUUUAUAAUAAUUUGAUAUCUGGGUUUUUGAAUUUGGGGAAUCUGGAGAAGGCAAACGAGUUGUUUGAUGAGUUGAGAGAAAGGUGUUUGGUUUAUGAUGGGGUUGUCAAUGCUACGUAUAUGGAGUGGUGGUUUAAGCAAGGGAAAGAGAAGGAGGCAAUGGAGUCGUAUAAGUCAUUGUUGGAUAGGAAUUUUAGGAUGACUCCUGUUACUUGUAACACCCUUUUGGAGGUUUUGCUCAGGUGGGGAAAGAAAGUGGAAGCAGAGGCUUUGUUUGAGCAGAUGUUGGAUAAUCAUCAGCCACCCAAUAUCCAGGCAGUGAAUUCAGAUACAUUUAAUAUUAUGGUGAAUGAGUGUUUUAAGCUUGGGAAUUUUUCAGAGGCUAUUGAUACAUUUAAGAAGGUCGGCACACAUCCAAAAUCCAAGCCUUUCAGUAUGGAUGUUGCAGGGUAUAAUAAUAUUAUUGCAAGGUUUUGUGAGAAUGGGAUGUUAGAAGAGGCAGAGAAACUGUUUGCUGAAUUGUGCUCAAAGAGUGUGACACCAGAUGCCACAUCGUAUAGGACAUUGAUUGAUGCAUACUUGAAGGUUGAGAGAAUUGAUGAUGCUUUGCAGUUGUUCAACCGGAUGGUGGAGUCUGGUUUCAGGGUGGUUGUGAGUUUUGGGACAAGGGUAUUUAGUGAGUUCAUUGACAAAGGUAAGGCUGCAGAUUGUGCCCCAAUCUUGACAAAAAUGGGAGAGAAAGAUCCUAAACCAGACUUCUUGAUAUAUGAUGUUGUGGUCCGGGGUCUGUGUAAUGAAGGUUUAUUUGACUUGAGUAGGGAUAUAGUUGAUCAAAUGAUAAGGCACAAUGUUGGUAUUACCCCUGUACUCCGGGAUUUUGUACGUGAGACUUUCGGGGAUGCCGGACGAGGUGAGGAGAUUGAUAGACUUCUAAAUAUGGAUAGAUGGGGAUAUGCUACUACUCGCCCACCACCUCGAAUGAAUGGAUUACCACGAAUGACUGGACAGCAACCAUUUGUACCACAUCAAAUGUCAGGACAGCAGUCUUCAGGACCUAAUCAAAUGUCAGGGCAGCACCCUGUAGGAGGAUCCAAUGGAACGGCAGGACAAUGGCACUUUGGAUCAAAUCGUAUAGCAGGACAACACUCUUUUGGUUCUAAUCAAAUGGCAGGGCAGCAACCAUUUGUAGCGCAUCAAAGGAUGGGACAACAACCUUUAGGACCCAGUCAGAUAAGUGAGCAACAUUCUGGAGGGCCAAAUCAAAUGUGGGGACAGCAGCCUUCAGCCAAUCAAUUGCCAGGGCAAGAAUCUUUUGGACUCCAUCAUCAAACAUCAUCGGAGCGGCAAAAUGUGGCACCUCAAAUGGCAGGACAACCACCAUUAGCACCCUCGCAAAUAGCAGGUCAACAGCAAUCCUGGCAACCUCAGAUAUCAGGACAGCAACCAUCAUGGUCUCAAAUGACACAGCAGCCACCAUUUUUAUCCUCACAAGGAGCAGAACAAAAUGCAUCAGUACCCUCACAAAUGGCAGUUCAGCAACCUUCAUGGUCUCAAAUGACACAGCUGCCACAAUUUGGAUCUUCUCAAGAAGCAGAACUAAAUACAUCAGGACCCUCGCAAAUGAUCAGGUAGUAGCAAUCCUGGCAACCACAAAUAUCAAGGCAACAGCCAUUCUGGUCUCAAGUAAUGGAGCAGCCACCUUUUGGAUCCCCUCAAGUAGCAGAACAAAAUCCAUCAGGACCCCUUAAAUGGCAGGAGAGCCACCAACCGAUUGCAGCCAACAGGUACCUGCUUUUUUUUAAAUACACAAAGUUAUAUAUCGAACGACCUGGUCUCUAAUUUAUGAAUUAAGUUGUGCAAGCAAGAGAACUGCUGCAUUAUUGUUAUGUUCUCAUGGAGUUAUUAUAUGUCAUAUGACAUGAUUCGUUUACUUUGUAUGGGAAACUUGCCAUCUCGAAUUGGCUUAUUUUUGGUAUUUAACAAGUUAUUCUUUGAUA